AUGAGAGUAAAGUUAAAUCUAUGGCUAUUACCAAUUUAUCCUCGCAUCAAAAAUUUUAUGUGGCGUGCUCUUCAUGGUGCUUUGCCAAUUGGGGAACAAUUGAUUACUCGAUGUAAUAUUACUAUUAACUGUAUUCACUGUGGCGGGGUUGAAUCAAUGGUUCAUAUGCUGUUUCUUUGUCCAUUUUCUCAGAGAAUAUGGUUUGCUUCACCAUUGGGUUUGCGUAAGUUGAAUUUCCCAUCUCUGCCUUUUCAUUUACUUUGGCGUUAUCUCACUACUGCUUUGAUUUCACAGGAUCCAUCUAAGAAAUUGUUAAACCUCUGCUGUUUUGUUUGUUGGUUUAUAUGGAAAAGCCGAAAUAAGUUACAGUUUGAACAUGAGCAACAAUGUGCGUUGAAGGUGAUGCACGCUGCAGUUGCUGCUUAUUCUGAAUAUGCAGGUAUUAAUCCAGAUUCCUUAUCCUCAUAUUCAGUAAACAAUAAUAUAAUAGUUCAGGAUGCAUGGGUAGCACCUCCUCCAGGAUUCAUAAAAUUGAAUUACGAUGCAUCUACUUCUCGAGUACAUCAUUGCGGUUUUGUAGCUGCAAUAGCAAGGGAUUCUAAUGGUUUGGUGAUUGGCCGUUUUCAUGCAUAUUUCAGACAUAUUUGGGAUCCGGGAAUUUUGGAACUUUUGGCACUUCGAGAAUCUUUGAAUUGGGCUGUUUUAUGUUCAUGGAAUAAUGUUAUAAUGGAAGGUGACGCUCUUCAAGUCUCACAGGUCAUUAAUUCACAUAAUAUAGUGGACUACCGUACUUGGGGGAUUUGUCAAGAUGUAUGGCGUCUCAAGCAGCGUUUUGUUAACUGUUUAGUUCAAUAUGGCAGUCGUAAGUUUAAUGGGUUAGCACACGACUUAGCUUCUGUGGUUAAGUCAUUUUAUAUUCAGGCGUUGUAA